UUGUCAAAUUAGAAAUCGGCCAUCAGUUGUCGACGUCGAGUCAGUGCAGUUCAUUCGCCCAAAAUUAUUGUGUGGUGAUUCUGUUUUCGCGCAUAUUAAUGUUAUUUAGCAUCUUCGAUAACAAAUGAUUAAAGUAUCAAUUAUAACUUUGUUUUGUUAUAAGAAUGAUCAAAUUGCCUCAGCCACCCUUACCUAGAAGUGAAGUGUUUUCUCGGUGAAUGUUUACGCCCGUUACGUGUGAAACGGUAAACAGAUGACUCCAAACCAUAUGUUUCAAUUUCCUACGGUAGUUUUUCUACCUGCUCCAAUAAGUGAAUCGUAAGUGUUAACCAGUGAAGUGAUAAAACAGACGUUGUAGUUUUAAAUGAAAGGAAAAAGAAAACGUUCAGUGUAUCAGAUGUUCGAAAAUGUCAACAGAAGGAAGCGAAACUCCUUCGAUUGUACCAAGUUUGCCGGGGGCACCGGAGCAAACGUAUCUGUUCCCGAAAGCGAAAGGGCACUCGAGGUCCAUAAGCCAUGGAGGCACGCCGAUGCUGGCGGGGAGCGCGGCGCCCGCGGCCGCGCGGCCCGCGCCGCUCAAGUCGGCGCUGCGCGGGCACCAGCGCGCCUUCUCGCACGGGCAGAUCGGGGACAGCCCGCGCGCCGGCUCCGGCCCGGGCCACAGCCGCACGGGCAGCCGCACGGAGUUCAUCCUGCCGCCGGGCCACCGCGAUGCGCCGCCCGCCUCCGCGCUGCCCCGCAUGGCCUCCGUGCGCCACCACUCGCGCCAGGCCUCGCGCUCCGAUUCCAUCUACACGCUGCGUCGCGAGUCCGACGUCGGCGCCCUCAGGAAAGCCUUCUUCUGGGUGCUGCGGCGACCCCCGCCCGCCGUUGAUAACCGAAAUAUCAAUGUAAUCCCUAAUCACUUAGUGCCUGAGAAAACUCCCCCUAAAGACCACCCCAACGGGAAAAGGUGUAAUAACAAAGUGAGGACUACCAAAUAUACACUGUUGUCGUUCAUACCCAAGAACCUAUUUGAACAGUUCCAUAGAAUAGCCAAUUUGUAUUUCAUAUUUAUAGUGUUACUGAACUGGGUGCCAUCGGUGAAUGCAUUUGGCAAGGAGGUGGCUAUGUUCCCUGUGUUGUUUGUGCUUGGUGUGACUGCGAUAAAGGACCUGUUUGAGGAUCGCAGGAGACACUUAUCUGACAAGAGAAUCAACAACUCUUAUUGCCGUGUCUACAAAAGAUCGGUGGACCGGUACGUGCGAGUGAAGUGGAAAGACGUGAAGGUGGGCGACCUGGUGCACCUGUCCAACAACGAGGCGGUGCCGGCGGACAUGGUGCUGCUGCACUCGGCCAACGCGUCCGGCGUCUGCUAUCUGGACACGUGCAAUCUGGAUGGGGAGACGAACCUGAAGCAGAGGAUGGUGGUUCCAGGCUUGAGGGAUGUUCAAUUCACACCAUCGAAGUUCCGUAGCUCGGUGGAGGUGGAGCGGCCGUCGACCAAGAUCUACCGCUUCACGGGCAUGCUGGCGCACCCCGACGGCGAGCGAGUACCCCUCACCUCGGACCACCUCCUACUGCGGGAGUGCACCAUCAAGAACACCGACUACAUCGAGGGCCUCGUCGUCUACGCCGGCCACGAAACAAAAGCCAUGCUUAACAACGGCGGCCCGCGGUACAAAUGCUCGAAACUCGAAAAGAAAAUGAAUACGGAUAUCGUCUGGUGCGUCCUGUUACUGCUAUUCCUAUGCUGCACCGGCGCCGUCGGCUGCAAGAUCUGGCUCGACAAGUUCAGCCUACAGAAACUACCCUUAUUCAUACCACAUGCCACCUCCUCAGCGUACGAAGGCCUUUUAAUAUUCUGGACGUACAUCAUAGUGCUGCAAGUCAUGAUACCCGUGUCUCUAUACGUGACGAUCGAAAUGACGAAGUUGUUGCAAGUGUACCACAUACACCAGGACGUCGAGAUGUACGACGCGUUGACGAACACGCGAACAGAAUGUCGCGCGCUUAACAUCACCGAAGAGUUGGGUCAGAUAAGCUAUUUAUUCAGUGAUAAAACAGGCACGUUGACAGAGAACAAAAUGAUAUUCCGUCGUUGUACAGUGGGGGGGCUAGAUUACGAGCACCCGGACGGGCCCCCCGCCGCGCCCCCCGCGGACCUGCCGCCCAUAGUGACCCCCGUCAACGCCGUGUCGCCCAACAGGCGCAUGAUGCAGCAUCUUGUUGAUGAGAAUGACGCCGUGCACACGCAGAAGGUGCGCGAGUUCCUGCUAAUCCUGGCGGUGUGCAACACGGUGAUGGUGAGCCAGCCGCACGUGGACAGCAUGCAGCUGAGCGGCUCCGACCACGCCGAGCGGCCCGCGCGCCCCGCGCCGUCCACCCGCCACGACAAAUACGCGCGACUGACAGAGUCUCGUUCGACGACGCCGUCGCCGCCGCCGUCCGUGUCUCCGCUUAAGCUGAAGCUGCCCAAACUGCCCUUCGCCAAGAAGGAGGGCCGCAGCCGCAGCCACACGCCGCCCCGGCAUGAUAAUAAAGCGCGAUACGAAGCGGAGAGUCCCGACGAACUGGCGCUAGCGGAGGCGGCGCUGGCCUACGGGUUCGAACUGAGACAUCGCACGCCUGAUGAGGUGGAAAUCGGCAUUCUCGGCAAGUUGAACAAAUGGCGCGUGUUGCGUGUUCAGGAGUUUGACAGCUCCAGGAAAUGUAUGUCCGUGGCGAUGCGAUCUCCUACGCAACAGGUAGUCCUAUUCGUCAAGGGCGCGGACUCAACCGUCCUGAACGCACUAGCGCCCAUGCGCUCCGGCUCCCCCGAGGCGGCGGCGUACGAGCGCACGCGCACGCUGCUGUCGGAGUACUCGCGCGCGGGGCUGCGCACGCUGGUGAUGGCCAAGCGCACCAUGACGCCCGCGCUGUGGGAGGAGUGGCUCGCCGGCCAUAACAGGGCCAUGGAGCCUACGGAUGGGCGAGACAGAAGGAUCCGCGAGUCUCUGGAGCGGCUGGAGAGCGCGCUCACACUGGUCGGGGCCACCGGAGUGGAGGACAGACUGCAGGAGGCUGUGCCUGAGACGAUCCGCUCCCUCCUGGACGCCGGCAUCUCGGUGUGGGUGCUGACGGGCGACAAGCCGGAGACCGCCAUCAACAUCGCCUACUCCGCCGCGCUCUUCUCUCAAGAGGACCGACUGUUGCACUUGAUGUCGCGGGAUAAGGACCACGCCGAAACCACAAUAAAGAACUACCUGGACAGCAGCAUGCAGGACCAGACCAACAGCGGUCGCGCCCUAGUCGUCGACGGGAAGACGCUGACCUACAUCCUGGACCGGCGCUCGGGGCUCGUGGCUCCCUUCCUGUCCCUGGCUAAGAGAUGCUCGGCGGUCCUGUGUUGUAGAGCCACGCCGCUGCAGAAGGCUUAUAUUGUUAAGGCGGUGAAAGAGGAGCUCGGUGUGACGACAUUGGCUAUCGGAGACGGUGCCAACGACGUCUCUAUGAUACAGAGCGCAGACGUAGGAAUAGGUCUAUCCGGCCAAGAGGGUCGUCAAGCGGUCAUGGCGUCUGACUUCGCCCUGCCUCGGUUCAAGUACCUGGAGCGACUGCUGCUGGUGCACGGCCACUGGUGCUACGACCGCCUCGCCAAGAUGAUCAUAUACUUCUUCUUUAAGAAUGCCACAUUUGUGUUCCUGGUGUUCUGGUACCAGUUCUACAGCGGGUUCUCGUCCUCCGUGAUGAUCGACCAGCUGCACCUCAUGUCCUACAACUUGAUGUUCACCGCGUUCCCACCCCUCGUUAUUGGAGCUUACGACCGCGUGGCCCCCGCCUCCCUACUCAUAGAGCGGCCGGGGCUCUACAGCACCUGUCGCCGGGGCCUCACCUACCAAACCCACACCUACUGGCUGGUCCUUCUAGAGAGCAUCUACAUCAGCAUCGUCAUAUACUUCACCACCAUGUAUACGUACUGGGAUACAGUCAUGGAUAUAAACGUGUUUGGGGUGGUGAAUAUGACGUGCUGUCUGGUCGUUAUGCUGGUGUAUGUGGCGAUUGAGACUAGGAGUUGGACGGUGAUCCACGUGCUAGCCCUGGUGGGGUCGCUUCUGCUAUUCUUCGUGUUCACGUUGGUGUUCCAGACGCUAUGCGUCGUCUGCUUCGGGCUCCUGUCUACGUACCACACUAUACAUAUGGCCAUGAAGGACCCUAACUACUGGCUGUGUAUUAUACUGGCCACUGUAGCUGCUCUGUCGCCUAGACUAGCAUGGCACGCGCUGCGCAACUCCCUCUGGCCGGGGCAGGUGGGCCGGGCCGUGCGCGCGCGCCGCCGCCGCCCGCCGCUGCCGUACGCCGCGCACUACCACACCACCACCGCCUCCGCGCACGUCUACAGAUCGACGGACGAGGACGGUCUCCGGAAGACGAACUCGGACGUGACGGCGAUAACGUGACGGUGCCGCGCCGCGCCCGCCGCGCCCCGCCCGCGCCGGAGGUACCCGCUUAUUACCUCCUACCGUUUUAACUCAGGCUGUGAUCUGUCAUUAGAACUAUUGUAUUUUUAUCGUAGACUUACGUAUUGUGCUUUUGUAUUGUACUAAUGAAAUGGGACCAAGAUGUCAGGCGUGUUCUGGGCACGUCUCGCUGUGGAUAGAAGAAUCCUCUUUAAAAACUAUUGGAUUCAUAAACGUUGUUGACCGAUUAUGCGGGGUUAUUUCGAAGAUCUCUAGAGGUAUUGUUUUGACAAGGAAUGCUCUAGUUCAUGUAGAGACAGCGAGACUGGGCCUCGACACGCGGUGUCAGCUAUAUCUGCCAAUCUUUACUGUAGAAUAAUGUGUUCCCGCUGUGCGCACGAGUGAGACAAACGCGUGUGGAAAUAUAAGCACUGUUAAAAACCACAUGUAUUUUUCUAAUGUAUUAUAAAAGUGUUUGUAUGUACUUACGUUGAUGAUAGAUUCUGACAAUUACGUUUUAUUCCGUACGUUUUUAGAUGACUUGUUAGUCUAGUUUUUUAUGGAAAUUAUAGCCGCUUUCUCUCUGGCGUAUAGACAGCGUGAGAAGCUAUAUUCUUAGGUAUGUUUUAGUUGUUUAUUAACAAUAAUUGUAUGUUUGGAGCAAUAGGUGAUCUGAGUGUGUAUACUGCGAUUUACGUAACUUGACGAAAAUGGCGACGCAAUAGUGCUGCUAGCUGCGCGUAUGAUAAAAUUAAUGUUGCAGUUUUCAUGUACACCUAUGGUUGCUGAAAAUAACAAAGUGAUGAUCUAUAGCUUACUAAAAUAACACAGGAAAUUUGUCAAGAUACGUAAUUCGAACUCUAACUUGGUAUGCUUUCCGAAUGAGGGAAAUUGAUUGGGUGUUCAAAAUAUUAUAAUUAUGUAUACGCAGUUUCCAGCUGUGCGCUUUAUAACUGCGAAAGCUUUAGAGGCUUGUAGCCGUUACGUUAUAAAAAUAUACUAGAUGUGUUUAAAAAUGUAGGAUUUUGUCAUUAGUAAAGUUCAAUGUUUACCUCUUUGGAUCAUGAAAAUAAUUUUCUUUGUACACAUUUAUAAUAAUCUCCAUUCUGUAAAAUACCUGAUGUUAAACCUCUACGUCGUAUUAGUUGGUGUAAUACCCACAACAAACUUGUUGCCUUGUAAGUAAAACCAUGAAUCUAAAUGAAAACAAUAAGUAGCUCAUCCUGACUGACUAGAGAAUACUUAGAAAUAUCAUCAGCAGUGUUGAAAUUAAGAUAAUAAUAUAGCUACAGACCCUACCUUGAACAAUUAUUGUACAUCAACUUUUCUACUCUAUGACUGUAGUCUUAUGCAAGUGCCUCUGUCCCUUCUAACAUCGUGUCUAAUGUAUUUUCUGUAGCUAACUCCUAUCAACUAGUGUUAGAAUAUUCCUAAAAGAUUCAACUAUUUUUAAAAAUGUUUCUAGUUCAUGUAUAUGUAACAUAGACACAUUAUUAUAUAUAUAUUUCUAUAUGAAUUGUUAAAUGUACAGUAGGAUAUUUUUAUAAAUAAAAAAUAAAACUUUGUGUAAAUAACUAUGUAUGUUAAGACUGUUGUUUAUUUAGAGUCUUUAAUUUGUUCAGAUUAAACAACUAUACGUAUAUUAUUAUGUACCGAGCAAGGCACAUAUCACGUGAUAUUGUAUUUUCCAGUCAUUUUGUUUUUACGACUCGUAGAAUCACGUUUAGAACUGGGUCGAUGCCCAAAGAUAGCAGUACAUUCGCUUUGCGAGCGUAGGUAAUCAUUGCUCUUGCCAUUCUAUUAACCUGGAAAACGGAAAUCAAAGUUGUAGUACAAGAUAAAACUUCCUAUAUAUUAUAGCUAUUUACGCCAUAUUGCUUGUUUAUUUAUGUUUAAUACUAUACUUAGUUUAGUUAAAUAUACCUUGUGUUAGGACGUCUGUUAAUCGCUAGCAUGGCGUCAUGUGCUUAGUUUAUGGUCACGACUAUCGACAUCACUGCUAGUCCUUUAUCAACGAAAUCAGGAAUUGUGACGGUAUUUAGUCUUCUGAAUAGAUCUUCCGUAUUCUUAAGAUUUUUUUGUUAUGUUAUUAGUUAAAGUUUGAUUGUAAACGAUAUAUUUACUGCAGCUUGAUUGCGUUCAAUAUUAGAUAAAUAAAUUGAUGCUUCUCUUCGGGCCUGUAUUGAAUGAACUUAUGUUAGAAAAUGCAUUUAUACUUGUGAUAGGUAAUCGUUCCACUGGGUCCGCGGCGAACAGGCGUGUGUAAUGUAGGACAUCAAUGACUAGAAAAUACAUGUUGAUGUGUGUUGUUUUUUAAAAUAAUAACAAAAUGUUUAAUUUAUUAAAA